AUGGCUUCGGCCGAGGCUUCCAAGGCUCCAAACAAGGUAUAUGGUUCCUUUAGUAAGCUGCCUGAUAUUUCAGAAGGUGCUCGUGUCGAGAAACGCCCCCUAACCAGGCGCCAGCCGCCGGCAUCAUCCAAAUCUCGCAUCAUCUACGUGUCUUCAAGGACACCGUUCAUGGCUGUGGUCAAACGCGCCCGUAAACAGCUUGACGACUCACUCAAGACCACUGGCGCAGCACCCAAGUACGCGUCCCUACAUUCGCGUGUUGAGGCGCUGCAGCGUAGCAGCGGUGGAGAUGCAGACAGUGCUGCCGUGACACUCGCAGGAACGGGUAGAGCCAUUGAGAAGAUCCUCGCGGUCGCGAGUUGGUUUGAGCAGGAGGGAGACUGUGAGGUGGAGAUCACAACAGGAACCGUCGGAGCCGUGGACGAUGUGGUGGCCAGUGGAGACGAGGAGGACCAGAGUCGCCUGAGGAAGCUCAGUUGUCUGGAACUCCGGAUUAAGCUCAAGUGA